AUGAGCGAUCACAACAAGCCUUCUUUAUAUUCGAGUUGGAAAGAUCCAUAUGAUAGAUUUUUGCGAUAUAAGGAGUUUGAUAUCAUGCUCAAGGACAUAAAUGAAGAAGCGUUAAAGGAGAUUGGCGCAGCAGAAGGAAUCGAGCAUUUGAGUGCUGGAACAUUCACGACUCCCGCGAAAUGUGUCGGAGAGUCUUUACUACCCGAUGGCAAUCCAGGACCAAAACAGCUGCUU